AUGACUAGUCAGGCUACAGUACAACCAAAUAUCUUGCGUGACAUUGAUCCGCAAACACCUUUUCUCCAGCAGCUCCAGGAGAAGAACGAAUCCGGUCCUAUCACACUUGUCAACACAUUUGUGGUUCCCGAAGGCGAAAUGCUCAACGCAAUUGAGCUAUGGCGCAAGGAAGCUUCCAUAAUGAAAGCAACCCCAGGCUUUAUUUCGACUCAGCUGCAUCGGGGUACCGGAUCUAGCAAUGUUCUCGUCAAUGUUGCCAUCUGGGAAUCUGCCGAAGCGCUUCGCGAGGGGUUCGAGAACCAAGAUUUUCAGGCUGCCUUGCUCCAAUACCCCCCAGGGACUGUUGCCUAUCCGCAUGUUCUUCAGAGGGUUGCCGUUGACAACAUUUGCACGGCAUAG